UCAAGCUUGUGUAUUUUUUCACAUACAAUCAUGCAAGGCAAGGUAAUAUAGGAGAUUGUAUGGUUUUUCGUUAUUAUAUGUGAUCGGUUACCCAUAUUAAGUUAGCUCGAUCACAACACUUUAGCCAUUUAUAAAUGUUCAGAUCAAGUUGCCAGAUUUGUGUGUUUUCCAGUAAUUGUUCAAAAUCCACAAUCCAAAAUUAUAAACACACACAUCUACUACAGUAUUGUGGCUCAUCAAAUGGCAUGUAAUAAAGGAAAUUAAGUGCUCUCUAAAGAAGGCUACAUUGUAAGGCUACGUGUCUGUCAUUUGCCUUAAAGAAAUAAAAGGGAACAACAGAAAUAUCAAAAUGCCACCUGUCUAAAGCUAUUUUAUUCCACCUAGUACAAACUAAUAUCUAAUUGAAAACUGACCAAUCUGCCAACACCGAUGGAAAAAAAAUACUGGUAAAAAUGUAAGGAGUUCAUUUGUUCUCUAUCUCUUUCUUUUUUUAUCAGGUCCUUCAAAUUCUCCCCUCCUUUAUUUUAACCUCCCUCAACACAAACAUACACACACACACACACACAAACCAAAGGCACUUUUAAGAGCCACGUCCGUCUUGUUACCCUGCACUUGUCUGUCUGUAGCUCGCUCUCUCUCUCUCUCUCUCUCUCUCUCUCUGUUUAUAUUUCUAUUUGUUGUCUCUGUCCAUCUUUUUUGUAAGUCUUUCUGUCUGUUUUUGUUUCUGCCCAUCACCAUGAGUGAUUCAGAACUCCAAGAACAGUUAAUGGAGCUGGAUAAACUGGUUGAUGAUCAAGAACUCAAUGAUGAGCUCCAAAGUCUUGAUGACUUGAUUGGUGAGCUGCAGGAAGAGAAGGAAGUGGCACCAGUAAAGACACCUGAACCGAGGGUGCGUUGGAGAAAGAGAGACAUUGAUGGAAACAUUGUCUAUGCAAGGCCAAGAUCAAGCAGGAAUCAGUCAAAUAAGGCUGAUCCCAUUCGGAAAUCUGAUCCUCCCAUCAAUGCAUCUGCCACUAACUGUGAGGUGACCUUUGCUCCAGAGGCUGUUGAGUCUUUUCUGCAAGAUCUCCAGCACUCACUGAGCAAUACCUCAGAUGAUGAGGCAUCAUCUCUUGAGACCUCAAGAGGUCCUCUCCUAGCUUCCUCAAACUGGAGCACAAGACAAAGUCUCUUUUCAGAGAGAUGGAGGACAGAAAGACCACGUCUGGUGAACACCGCUGCGGCACAUGAAAAUGUAGCAACACGCAUCUGCCAACAGUGUGGGAGCAAUCCAGCUGCUGUCCGCUGCAGUGACUGUCGACCACAGCCCUUUUUCUGUGCUCAGUGUGAUGUCAGUAUGCACACCAGACAUGUUCUCCAUAACAGAGAUGCCAUGACGGCUGGAUUCUACCAGCCAUUGCCUCCAACAACUUUUGUUGUAGAUAAGGCUCUUUCCCAUUGUGUACGGCUUGUACCUGUGGAGAUCCCUUACAAAAUCUGUGAUUGUUCACGAGAGUCACUAAGGGUCAGUCCAGGGAAGACUGUUGCUGUAAUCACAAUGAAUGGACGAUAUGAUCUAAGCAUGCCUGAGUUGAGUUGUGAGGCAUGCCAAGCCACGUGGGCUGCUGGAGUGGGUGAUCUAAAUCUGAGUGACUACUGGCCUGCAACCCUUCACUUUGCCACUAUUUAUGCCACAGAUGUCUUCUUCUCAUUUGAAGAAAUGAAGAUGGCUGCACCAGGACUGUCCUGCCAAGCAUUUUUGAGAAUGCUCGAUCAGCGAACUGUCCGCUUUGGUCGUUGUGGCAAGAUCUCCAAAGACAGUUUUCAAAAAAGUUUUUUUGAGUGGGAGGCUGUGCGAUACGAGGUGGACAAAAUCUGUAAGGAAGAGCCCUUCAUCUGUCCUGCGUGCAGCCCAGACAUGCUGGCAGUUUCAGUCGAUGGAAACCGCAAGCAUUACCGUUUCAAGAAUGCAGCUAGACCUGAAGAAAAGGCCAUCUUUGAAGACGUCUUUAUAGCUAAGGAUGAAGAUGUGACAAGAUUUGUGGACUACAUUCACAAGACAUCCAAACAUGUGAGUGGACGAGGUGUUUGUGGAGGGGAGUGGUCAGCAGCCAGAGAGACCUCCCAGAGAUCUGCCAGCAAGGUAGACGAGGAGGGAUUGGAGCUUGCAGUGUGUCGACACGGAGUGCUCCUCCGUGCUUUAAAUAUGUACAGGGGUGAAAUUUUUGCCUAUCCCUUGUACCUGCAAGAAAAGCUGGCCAGUAGGCAAAUACAUUUUUUUUGUAUGGAUGUGACUUGCAAAUAUUGGCCCUACCUCCAAAGAGUUGCAAAAAGCUGUCCAGAGCUCCAGCACCUUCUUAACAUGAAGCCCUUCCUUUCAGUGUUCCAUGCCAAAGCCCAUGAUUUUAAAUGUGAGGUGAAAUGGAGUGGGGCAUAUCAGGAUGGGGCUGGUUUAACCCUAGGUGAGGAGGUGGAACAGUGCAAUGCUUUCCUGUCUAGGAUUGCAGUGACUACAAAACACAUGUCCAAAGCAGGGCGCACAGACAUGCUGACUCUCAUGGCCAUGCGCUGGAAUCAGCAAAAGAUCUACACUUUGGCCAUCACACUGACCCGCCGAUAUCAGAAGACCACAAAAGCUCUGCAAAACCAGUUGCUAAACCUAGAGUCUUUAAAAGUUGAACUGGCAGUGACAGAGAGCCAGUUGGAAGACUGGCUCAACGAAGUAAAGGAGUGGGCAGAUACAGCAGCAACAACAACCACAAAUGAUGCUGAUGCCUUGGCCAGCAGAAUUGAGGUACUUGUGGCGAGUAUCAAGAGACGUUCUCAGCGUCUCUAUAAAGAUACAGAUGGCAACAAAGGUCGUGCCAGGAUCCGCCGCAAAAUCAGGGAGGAGAAGGGGACCCUGACAUCAAUUGUUGAGAAAUACAACAGAAUGGUUCCAAACACAGAAACUCUGUGCUUGGAAACCAUUUUGUCUGGUGAGACAGCUUGGCCAUGGCAGCUACCACACAGUGACUCUGUUAAUUUUAGGACAAAGAGAAAGGCAUUCGACAUCAUGAUGUCAUUAAGGAGACUUCAGGAGGAGCAGAAGAUUCUUGUUGCAGAGAUGAACAACCAUUGGAGAUAUCUUUCAACUCGUGCUGAUGCCCUCAGAGAACUGUCCUGCUGCUUUGCCAAGGAGACAAUAAAAAAUUCGCAAUGUGGCCUAACUGAAGAGGGUUUGAAAGGUCUGCAGUGCAUCAUCCACAGAAAGCAGCGUAAAAUCAGAGAUAUGAGGGUGCAAGCAAGAGACUGUUACCUGCAAGUUUUGACUGGAGCAGAGAACACCAACUUCUUUAACCAACUGUCAGCUGAUGACUACAACAGUGACUUCGACAUUUCUGAUGACGAACUGUAAUCCAGAAGACGAUGUUUUUUUUUGUUUGUUUUUUUUUGAUGGUGACCUUGACCUUAACCCUGAAUCUAAAGCAUGUAAUAAAAUCUGCUGUUGAUCACCUUAUAAAUAUACCCAAAGUGUACUGUCUGUUUUUUUCCACGUUACAUAGAAAUUAUUUUAUGCAUGCCUCUACAACCAGUCAGUGGUGAAAAUGAAGUGCAUUAUUGUAAGGCUAAGUACAGUACUGUACUAAAUUAUAGAUUUGAGGUACUUUCUCAUCAUGCUACUGUGUAGUUGGGCUAGGCUAUAGUUCACAGAAACUUUAUUUUGUUAUAAAUAAAACUACUCUUUUUGUGCUUACAAUGUAAGUACAGCCCAACUUAGAAACCAAACAUUCAGUUGAGUAAUGGAGAAAAUAAUUAGCAGACCAACCUUUAUUAAAAAUAUAAUUUGAUAAUGUUGUCUACAACGGGUUUUUAAUCUUUUAGGUGUUGCGGAGCUCCAAAUAU